UGGACCAAAAGCUCAUAUUUCAGCAACUGCCCGUCUAUGUGGUUUGAUUCUAUGGACUUUCUGCAGUAGCUAUUGUUUUGAUUAGGAAACUCCUUUUUCAAACGGCCUGCUACGGAUUACGUUAUCUAAGAUCUCCCUCCAAGUCAUACAAGUCAUGGAUGAGCAGACAAACUCUCCAGGAACCAACGCCGACAACAACAGCCAGAGAAAUGGAGAUGAGAAGCCCCGGCGGGGCAACUGGACCAAGGGGAGGAAGAGGAAGAAGCCAAUGAAGGACAGCAACGCGCCAAAGGCCCCCCUCACGGGCUACGUCCGCUUCAUGAACGACAGGCGGGAGCAGCUACGUGCGGAGCGCCCCGACGUGCCCUUCCCAGAGAUUACCAGGAUGCUGGGCAACGAGUGGAGCAAGCUGCCCCCCGAGGACAAGCAGCGAUACUUGGACGAGGCGGAGCGAGAUAAGGAGCGCUACAUGCGCGAGCUGGAGAAGUACCAGAAGACGGAGGCCUACAAGCAUUUUACCAGGAAGGUCCAGGAGAAGCAGAAAGGCAAGCGGCACAGGGGAGAUGUUGGGCAGCAGGUAGCCAACGAGGCUCUUCACGAGAAGGAUGCGGAAGGGAAGGACAGAACCGUGUUCGACAUACCGAUCUUCACGGAGGAGUUCCUCAACCACAGCAAAGCGCGUGAAGCGGAGAUGCGCCAGCUGCGUAAGACCAACAUGGAGUACGAGGAGCGCAACGCGGCGCUGCAGAAACACGUGGAGAGCAUGCGCGGGGCGGUGGAGAGGCUGGAGGGCGACGUGAUGCAGGAGAGGGGACGCAACGGGCUCCUCCAGCAGCACCUGGAGACGCUGCGGCAGGCGCUCGCCUCCAGCUUCGCCGCUGUGCCUCUGCCAGCCAGCGGAGAGACGCCCACUCUCGACAGCAUCGACUCGUACAUGAAGAAGCUCCACAGCAUCAUCGUCGGCAGCCCCCAGGAAAACGAGCACCUCAUCAACACUGUGAGAGAUGUGGUCAACCGCCUGGACAGAUAAUUGGACCGAGUCCCCCCCAUUGGAUUGAGAUCCGCAGGGUAGAGACUGCUCCCCGACGGCGGUUCCUCCUGUUGGUCCGUCAUCCCAUUGAUUUGAAUGCAUCUUUUAUUACUCUGCUAUGGUGAUGUUUUCAUAUUUAUUUAAGUACUGUUUUACAUUUUAAACUAUUCACACUUAAGUAUAGCUGUAGAUUGUUUUGUAAAAUACUCAAAUGGUAGUUUCAUGUCGCUCGUCGCUCCUGUUUAUAGCAAUAUGUUUGCGGUAUCAAAGAUGUUCCGAUGUGUCAGUAGGUUUUUAUUCAGCACAUCCGAGAAAACUGCUGAGCAGACUUUGCUUUUUUCAUACUCUGUUGAGGAAAAAAACGUGCCAUUUAUUUCUUUUUCCUGUGUGAGAAAGUGUUUGUUUUCAAUAAACGUAUGUACAUUUGA